AUGACAAAAAGUGAAGAUGCAACUUCACUUGCACAAUCUGAGGAAGAGGAGAGAGUGUCCAAUGUUCCACCACCUAAGCUCGGUACAUCUCCAUUUGAUCCUCAAUCAGCUGAGCAACAUCCAGAGCCACAAGAGGCAACAGCAGGUGAAGGAGAGAAUGAGAGAUUUGAAGACGCUUGCACUGAUAUCUUGAAGAGAUUUCCAACUUUUAAACAUUUCAAAAUGUUUGCACAAGCUGGGACAGGUCUCGCACUCAGUAUCAAUGAAAUCUCAACAAUUAUUGAAGAUAAUGCAAGUUCUGUUGAAGAUCAAAAGUUUGAGAUGCUCCAACUUUGGAAAGAAAAAAACGGAUCAAAUGCAACAUCCAGAUAUAUCAGGGAGGUUGUUGAGAAACAUCUCAAAGCAGAGAAUAGUGGUGUCACUGGUUCCAGAAUCGAAGAUGCUUUUCUGGAAGUUCCAAAAGUCUUUGCCAACGCUGCGCAGUUCAAAAGAUUUGCAUUGUCUAGGAAAGGUUUAUCGCUCAGUAUGCUUGAAGUCGAAAACAUAAAGGACAAUACAAGAUCUGUUGAAGAAAGGAAUCUGCAAAUGUUGACUCAGUGGAAAUUCAAGAAUGGUGAAUCAGCAACAACUGAAAAAAUCUGGCAACUAGUAGAUGGUUUCCUGAAUAAAGAUGAUGAAUCUGACCAAGAUUCUCCUCAUCCAACAACACUCUCGCAAUCUGUGGAAGAGGAGAGAGUUUCUAAUGUUCCACUCGGUUCAUCUCUAUCUCAAUCAGCUGAUCAAUUUUCAAAGCCAGAGGGGUCACCUGGAGGUGAAGUUGCACGAUGUGAAGAACCGAAGAGAGUGUCCGGUGUUUCAUCACCUCAACUUGGUGCACUUCCAUUUGGUUUCCGAUUACCUGGACCGCUUGUGGAUCAACGAGGAGCAACUGGAGGAGAAGCUUCAAGUGGCUCUAGAAGUAUGACACCAUCUGACGCACAUGAACAUCAGGGAACAUCCUCUAUCGUUACAGUAGCAGGCAGCCAGAUUGGUCAAGCUCACUUCGGGGAACAAAACAUUUCAACACAACAGAUCUUUAAUACAACUAACAUCCAUCACCACUACACUUCUGAUCGCCAUAGAAUUUCUGACACUCAACCAACCAAUACAUCAAAUGAGCAGAAAGCAGCUGUAGAAGAAAAAGUCCAAGAAUUCAAGGAUGCCAUCAACGAUUUAACUAGGAGAAGUGCAAAGCCGAUUGAAAAGAAGUAUCUCAAAACCCCCGAUUACAAAACCAAUCCCAAAACAGUAGAAGUCGACUAUUACGAAACCACAGUAACAGAAUCCGAGUACAAACCAGAAGUGGGUUUCAGUCAGCAAACUCAGAAACAACCUGGCAACCCAAUAUCCAUGGAGAACUUUUUCUCAGAUGGAAAAUCAAGAGUUGCUCUGAUAGGAGGAGCUGGAUAUGGUAAAACUGAAAUGACAAAAACAUACCCCGUUAAUGUGCUUGAUGGCAAGAUACAAGAGCUUAGAAAGGUUGAGGUUGUUCAUCGCAUGGAUUUCCGAGAUCUUGAGGUUCAUAGAAGAAUUAGCCCAAAAAAUUUCUUAUUUGGCAAAACGGAUUUGAAUGACGAUGUCAUUGACAUGGGUGUUGGAUGGAUCAGGGAAUAUCCUGAAAGAUUUCUUCUCGUUCUUGAUGGAGCUGAUCAAUAUUCUUCUCCCGAAAGUCUUGGAAUCCCACAUGGCAAAUGCAAUCAUACGGAGAAAGCAGAUCCCAAGCUUAUUCUAAACCUCAUCCUCGCUGGCAAGCUCUACCCAGGUAUCCGCAUUCUUUACUCCACACGUGAGCAUGUCAUUCGUAAUUUCGAAGGAGAAGCUCGUCCCGAGAGAGUCGUCGCAUUGGCAGGGUUCUCUGAAGAAGACGUCAUGAAACUUGUCAAAGCUUUCAGUGGAGACAAGAGUGACUAUGUCAUGAAUCGUCUGCAGAAUGAAGCUAAGGCUAUCUUCUCCCUGUGCUCCAUACCAAUGUUCCUCAUUUUCACGGUAUCAGUCUUGAUAAUCUAUGAGCAAUAUAGUCCCGACACUAUGACAGAAGUUUUGUUGUUUGUCCUGCGGGACACCUUAAGAUCCGAACAUAUCACCAUGAACCAAAUGAAAACUGGAAUGUCUAUCUAUGACGUCGUUCACAGCUUGAAGGAAAUGUCAUUCAAGGGCACAAAAAACAAGAAAGUUACUUUCACCAAAUCAGAUUUACCCCCAGGAAUUACUGUGGAUCAUUUCAAAGAUAUCAUGAUACCAUUUCCUGGAUCAAUCGGGCUCAAUCAAAGGCUUCUGGAAGGACAUCUUGUUUAUUUAUUUACGCAUCAGACAAUUCAAGAGGCCCUCACUGCCCUCUGCAUUGCUGAAAUGUCAAUAUGGAAAUUCAGAAAGUUUGUUUCAACCAAAAUCCAUGAAAAGCAUUGGGUGGUAGUUCGUAAAAUCCUUUGCGGCAUUAUACUCAACCCUAAAACAUCAAACAUUGCAAUGGAAAAAGAAGCUGAUGUCGGCAUUUUGAAAUCUGAUAUUGAUCUGGGGAUAAAACGAUCGAUCUUGGUAUCAAGCAUGAAGAAUCAAAUCAGACCGGACUGGUUCCAACGUAAGAUCAAAGGGAGAGAGGCAGUAAGGAGGGAAGAUCUUCUAGAGCUGAUGCACGCUUUAAAUGAGUCAGGAGAGGGAGUCGAUAAUAUCAUCAAAUCAUCCAUCCGUGAGAUUGAUUUCGACUUCAUGCCUCUCACUCCAAAUGAUAUAUACACUCUGGCAUCUAUUCUUGCUCGUUGUUCACGUCUCGAUUUACUUCAUCUGUUUGACGUUCCUCUCACAUCAUCUGAUCUCGCACUUCUUGCCUCAUCAAUGCAAAGAUCAAAUAUCAAGAUUAAAAAGGUUCUAUUUGGAGGAGGAUUAUUGGUGAGUUUAUUAACUGAAUCUUCUUCAACAUCAGUGUUUCUGACUUGA